AUGGCCAAAGACGACGAUUUCAUCUUAACGCUCUCUGACGACGAGAAUGAGCCUCGUUUCGAAGAAGAUGACGACAAUGAGAUGCGAGAUGCUCCGGCAGAGAACAAGAAACGCAAGCGCGAAGUCGAUACCCCCAAGCCCAAGAACAAGAAGCAGAAGCAGCAAGAAAAGCAGCAAUUGAAGAACGCCAAAAAGAAUAAGAAGAAUGCCCAGCCCGAGCCCGAGCCCGAAUCCGAAGAGGAGGACGAGCAGGACGAAGCUGCUACUGCGGAUGCGACAGAGGACGAUGGCGUCCUGAACCCCGAGUUCGAGUUCGAUGUUGCCGGCGCAACCAACCGUGGUGUCACCGAAGGCUUCGACGGUUGGGGUCUUGAUGGCAAUGAAGAGAAGCGCUCGGGUGACAAGAAGGCUGUUGACAUCGACGAGAUCAUUGAGCGGAGACAGGCGAAGAAGGCAGAGGCUGCUGCCAAGAAGCAGAAGAAGAAGGCCGCUCAAGAGGAGAGCGCAUCCGAGGACGACGCCGCAUCUGGCGACGAUAUGCCUGUGGACUUCGAGGAUGAUGAGCUCAUGGCCGAUGACGCAUUCGGCAUGGGCGCGGAGGGCGCAGAAGAGAGUGAGGCCAGCGAGGCCGAGGGCCCAGAACCUGGCUCUGGAGACGAGGACUCUGCGGAUGAAGCCGAGGAUGGCGAAGAGGACUCCGAUGACGAUGCCGCAUCUGAUAACGACUCUGUCGCUACCCCCGUUGGUCACCCCGACGACCAUGGAUCUGACGCAGGAUCCGACGUCGAGAGCGAGGUGGACGAAGAGGAGGCCGAGAAGCGCAAGGCCUUCUUCGCCCCCGAGGAGAAGACCGAUACUAAGGCCAACUUGGCUAAGAUGACUUUCCAAGAGUUCAACCUCUCGCGUCCCAUUCUUCGAGGUUUGGCUGCCGUUGGAUUCACAGACCCAACACCUAUCCAGCGCAAGGCCGUCCCCGUCGCCCUGCUGGGCAAGGAUAUCGUCGGUAGUGCCGUGACAGGUUCCGGAAAGACUGCAGCCUUCGUUGUUCCCAUUCUGGAACGUCUCCUCUUCCGUCCCCGCAAGACACCCACUAGUCGUGUCGUUAUCCUGAUGCCCACUCGUGAGUUGGCCGUUCAGUGUUACAACGUUGCCGUCAAGCUGGCAACUUUCACAGAUGUCACAUUCUGUCAACUUGUUGGUGGUUUCAGUCUGCGUGAGCAGGAGAACGUUCUCAAGAAGCGCCCCGAUGUCAUCAUUGCCACCCCUGGUCGUUUCAUCGACCACAUGCGCAACUCGCCCAGCUUUACCGUUGAUACCCUGGAGAUUCUUGUUCUUGAUGAAGCCGAUCGCAUGCUCGAGGAUGGUUUCGCCGACGAGUUGAACGAGAUUCUUACAACUAUUCCCAAGAACCGCCAGACCAUGCUGUUCUCCGCUACGAUGACUGAUUCAAUUGACAAACUUAUUCGCGUUGGCAUGAACCGCCCCAUGCGGUUGAUGGUUGAUGCUAAGAAGAACACUGUAUCGACCCUUGUGCAAGAAUUCGUUCGUCUUCGCCCCGGGCGUGAGGACAAGCGUCUUGGAUACCUCCUGCAUCUGUGCAAGGAUGUCUACACAAAGCGUGUCAUUAUCUUCUUCCGACAAAAGAAGGAAGCUCACCGUAUCCGAAUCAUCUUUGGUCUAUUGGGCUUGAAGGCAGCAGAGCUCCACGGUAGUCUGAGCCAAGAACAGCGUAUCAAAUCCGUUGAAAACUUCCGAGACGGCAAGGUCGCCUUCCUCCUGGCCACCGAUGUCGCGUCCCGUGGUCUGGAUAUCAAGGGUGUCGAAACCGUCAUUAACUACGAAGCUCCGCAGAGCCAUGAGAUCUACCUGCACCGUGUCGGUCGUACAGCCCGUGCCGGUCGUUCUGGUCGUGCCUGUACCAUUGCCGCCGAGCCUGACCGCAAGGUCGUCAAGCUCGCCGUCAAGGCUGGUAAAGCCCAAGGUGCCAAGAUUGCCAGCCGUGUCAUCGAGCAGGCUGUUGCCGAUAGCUGGGCCCAAAAGGCCGAGGAUCUGGCCGAUGAAGUGGCCGAGGUCCUGCAGGAGGAGAAGACCGAGAAGCAAUUCUCCCAGGCUGAGAUGCAGUUCACCAAGGGUGAGAACCUGAUGAAGCACGGCCACGAGAUCAUGUCGCGGCCGAAGCGCACCUGGUUCGAGACUGAGAAGGACAAGAAGGUUGCUCGCAAGCUGGGUGCUGUGGAGCUGAACGGACCUAAUGUCAAGAAGAACAAUGUCAAGCUCAGCAACAAGGACAAGAAGCGCCUGGACGAUGCGAAUGAGCGUCACGAGGGCAACAUUGGGUGGAAGAAGGGCAAGGGCGAUGCCGAUAAUGCGAAGACACCCAAGGGCAAGGGUGGCAAGCCCAAGCCGAAGGGCAAGGGCAAGAAAUGA